AGCUAAAGUUGUUUUGGUGCCUAUAGUAUCCCUUUAACAUCUUGCUUAUUUAGCAUUGGCAGCUGUAGAAACUCUGGGGGCGCUUGACUGAGGGGAAGCUAUAGUGCCAGGAAAAUAACUUUGUUUGUUUUUCUGGCACUAUAGUUUCCCAUUAACCACUUAAAGUGAAUUCUGGAAAAUCUUGUCUAGCAGCCUUUGGAGAAUCACAGUAGAACACAGAUCUAAAUUGUAUUUUUACACAUGAUCACUUUUUUGAAUCUGUCGUAAAUUGUAUUACCAUAACUGAGAUCAUUCCUUUACUCAAACAAACAGCAUUAAAUAUGACCCUUCAAAAUACUGCCACAAUAUUAAAAAAUUGGAGGACAGUUCUGUUGAGAUGACUCCAGUAUCAGAACUGACCUGGCAGCUUGAAGGAGGUGAUAACGAGAUCAGCAAAAAACGCAGGGGAGAGUUUCCAGCUUACAAAAGCCCUAAUACAAAGAAACUCCAAUUGCAGAAAAAAAAUCUAGGUACAGAGGAGCAUUUUGAAUCACAAAAAUUAAAAAUAUCUCAGCAAGGUAGUGACCACGUAAUUAAACAGUCUUCUAGUGCAACUCAAGCAAAGGUAAGCUCUUUAAAGAUUCUGGAUGACCAACGUAGAGGAUACAGAAACCACAUGUCUUCUGAUGACGAAUAUGAUUCUGGAGAAGAGCUACGAGCAUGGUUAGAUAGUGAUAAAAAAGCAGAAAACCGAGGCAAUAUGAUUGAAGACACUAACCUAGAGGUUGUGGGUGACUCCUUUAAGAUGAGUUAUAGCAGUCAUUGGUCAAGACAAGAUAAAAAUGCUGUAAAGGAACUAUGUAAGAAUGCGGAAGAUGAUGAAUAUGACUCUGCUGAUACAGAUGAAAUUAUUGCAGUUUCCAAAAAUGUCAAAGAUGUAGAGAAAGACACUGUAAAUGAAAAGUGUCCAAUUCCUGCCAAAAAACGUAAACUAGGUCCUUCAGACAUCCAGUUAAAAAAACUGAAACCAGAUAUCACACCUCCUAUUGAAGACAAAUCAGAGUCAGGUAGUGGGAAUGAUGAUUCUGCAUCAGUCAGUAGCGAUUCCUAUUCUGAUGAAGAGUAUGAGUCAAUGCAAAACAGCCACAUGUUACCUCUUUCAAUGGGAGAGCUGGAGGAACCAGCCAACAAAACAAGAGAGUCUUCAGAAGAUGAGACCGAGAGAGACGAGAAUCAAAACCAUUCAGGAUCAGACAGUAGUGACUCCUAUUCCGACGAAGAGUAUGACACCAUGAUGCAAAACUGUCAGAGGUUAACUCUUUCAAUGGCUGACUUGGAAAAAUUAGCCAAUGAAGCUAAAGAUUCUUCAGAAGAUGAAACGGUGAAUAGAACCGUUGAGAGUCACGUGAUAGAAGACCUACCUAGUGCACGGAAAACACCUGUUGUGACACAGAAAGUGAAAAAGGGUAUGGACCCAGAAGAUAUUGUGGCUUCCAUUUUGGAAGAUAGUGAUGAUAGCUGUGACAAUAAACGGAAAAAGAAAAAAGCACCUCCAAUAAAACUUCCAGCUUUUAAAGGCUUGGGGUCACUUUUAACAUCAUGUCCUUCUGAAGAAUCAAAUGCUUCUGUAAAUUCAUUUUCUAAUGUCAUUGUCAGCCCUUCUAACCAAGGCAAAUUAGCAACAAACAAAAGUAGUAAAGUGAUUAAAAGGAGUGAGAUUGAUGUUUUUAUCUCCACAAAAGGACUGGAGCAAGACCCGGGUUCAGCAGAUAAUUGUGAAUUUAGCGCUGAUCAGCAAGGUAAAGAUCAAGCUCCCAACCAACCUCAAGUUAAAAGAAACAAAGCUGAAAAACUAAAUCCGAGGAGGAGUAGUAGUAGCAGCGAGGAGUCGUCAUCUAGUAGUGACGAGGGACCAAGCAUUGUCACUUCACCACCGGCUCCUGAUAAGGCCUCACAGUGCAUCAGUUCUCAAAAUGGUGGGAAGAGUGAAACAAAGAAGCGCAGCAUUACCGAGAAGUUGGAGGAUAAUAAGAAACGUUUGGCUGCCAUGGAGGAGAGAAGGAUAGAGCGGGAGAAACAGAAACUGGCAAUCCAAGGGGCUCUGCUUAAAUUGGUAAGUCUCUCUGUAAAUGCUGUAGCUAAAUAUACACUAAGUAUAGAAAAAUAAACCUUUACACAUUUGUGGAUACAUUUAUUCCCAGUAUAUCAAAAUGGAAAACAUCUGCAUAAAAGAUGAAGUGAAAUAUGAUUUAAAAACAAAAGAUAUUUGAAUUCUGACUUCAUUAUUAUUAGCAUUUACAUAGCACCAACAUAUUCUGCCGAAUUUUACAAUUAAACAGGGAAGAUAAAAUAACAAGCUGACAUACAAAGUAACGGUGGCAGAAGCACUAGGUAAAGAGGGCCCUGCCCAAAUUAACUUACAAUCUAUGCUUUAUAUCCAUAAACCAACCUUCCGUGAAAUCCCCCUAUGUUCUUUCUAAAUAUUAAUUUACUUGUAGGUCAUGUCUAAUAUACAUUAACAAUAAAGUGGCCGAUGCUGCACAAGCUGUUGUUUUCUUUUAAGACAAACAUUUAUUUAAACCUGUUCAAAAACAUUCUUCAAUACAAAAAAGCAGAAUCUGGCUGAAAAAUUCCUCAGGGGACAAAAUCAGGGCGUUUCUUGUGAAAAGAAGUACGUUCACGCGAAACAAGUUGGAUUUUCUCUCCUGUGUAAUUUUCAAGGAGCUAAUGUGAGUCUUUUUUGUUACUUCCCGAAACUUUUUUUUUUUACCAUUACUAUAUGUUGUAUUGAUUGUUGUACAUGUCGUGUCUCUUUAAACUUUAUUAUGUCCUUGAUUUUAUUAUUGUUGGAUAAGCUUUCCAAAUGAUUUCCUAUAUUUGGAUAAACUUUUGAAAUGACUUUUUCAACUUGUUAAAAUAUCAAAAUAUGUGUGUGUGUGUGUGUGUGUGUGUGUGUGUGUGUGUGUGUGUGUAUAUAUAUAUAUGUGUAUAUAUAUAUAUAAUUUUUAUUUUUUAAAUAUCUUGAUUUUUUUUUUUUUUGUUAUAUACAUACGUUUUUAUAUCUUAAAUUGAGAAAGCCAUUUCAAAAGUUUAUCCAAAAAUAUGUAAUCAUUUGAAAAGCUUAUCCAAUAUAUAUAUAUAAUGUCUCCUAAUAUUAUAGUUUUAAAAGUUUAUCCAAAGAUAUCAAAUCAUUUGGGAAAAAUUAUUAAAUUGAGGCUUCUGUUGGUGACCUGAAAUGAACUGUCCGUUUAAUGUUUUCAAAAUUAUAAGUGUUCUUGUAUUUUAGGAUUCCCAGUCCUCAAGCAAAGCUCAACACAUUAAGUUUGAUUCGGACUCCGAGGAAGAAAGUGAAGAGGAAACAAAGAAGAGUGACCAAAUUAGUACCCCUUCUGACAAGGUAAGUAUCCAUAUGCUAACAUUGUUCAACAUUUAUCUAGGGGACAGUUGUAAAACACAUGUAAACUUAAUCGAAAGAGGCUGAACUAUUUAAAUGAACAAUCUAAUGCAAUAGAAACUGACAUUUAAUGUGGAUAAGUGCAAGAUAAUGCAUCUUGGACAUAAGAACCUAAGGGCAGAGCACAGAAUAUUUGAUAUAGUCCUAACCUCAACAUCUGAGGAAAUGGAUUUAGGGGUAAUUAUUUCUGAUGACUUAAAGGUAGGCAGACAAUGUAAUAGAGCAGCAGGAAAUGCUAGCAGAAUGCUUGGUUGUAUAGGGAGAGGUAUUAGCAGUAGAAUGAGGGAAGUGCUCAUGCCAUUGUAUAGAAGACUGGGGAGACCUUACUUGGAGUAUUGUACGCAGUACUGGAGACCGUAUCUCCAGAAGGAUAUUGAUACUUUAGCGAGAGUUCAGAGAAGGGCUACUAAACUGGUUCAUGGAUUGCAGGGUAUAAACUUACUAGGAAAGGUUAAAGGAACUUAACAUGUAUAGCUUGGAGGAAAGAUGAGAUAGGGGUUAUGAUAGAAACAUUUAAAUACAUAAAGGGAAUCAACACAGUAAAGGAGGAGACUAUAUUUAAAAGAAGAAAAACUACCAAAACAAGAGGGCACAGUCUUAAAUUAGAGGGGCAAAGGUUUAACAAUAUCAGAUAGUAUUGCUUUACUGAGAGGGUAGUUGAUGCAUGGAAUAGCCUUCCAGCUGCAGUUGUAGAGGUUAACACAGUGAGGGAGUUUAGGCAUGCGUGGGAUAGGCAUAAGGCUAUCCUAGAUAUGAGACAAGGCGAGAGACUAAUUAAAGUAUUAGAAAAUUGGGCAGACUAGAUGGGCCAAAUGGUUCUUAUCUGCCGUCAUAUUCUAUGUUUCUAAACAGUUCAACUAUCACAAUAAUUACUAGACUUGUGCACAUUCGGAGUUGUACAAAUUUUGGGCAAUCAGUGGUUGUUGUGAAUUCUGUAACUUCAUAUGGCUGAAUAAGAAAACUGACAAAGAGCUGACUGGUUAGGCGACAACCACUAAAUGUUGAUUUUAUUCACAGAUCAAGUAAGAAAUGGCCACUAGAAAGAAUAAAUAUAUGAUCUAUAUCAUUUAUUUAUUUUUUCACCACUAUAGGUCACUUCUCAUUUGAUUUAUGAACAAAAUGCACCUGUGUGCUGCAAAAUGUAUAUCUAAUAUUUAUAUUGUGUGUGUGUGUAUAUAUUUGCUGUACACUUUUGGCUCAUCUGAAUAGUUUUUCAUGAAAUUUGUCUGAAAUGAAAUGUCACAUUUGUUACGCCAUGUACAAGUCUAUUGAUUACCUAUUCAUGCCAUUGUUCCAUGUUAAUGAGUGCGUUUAUAAAAAAUAUAUAAAUAUACUGUAUCAUAGUAAGGAUGUUCAGGUUAUUUAUUUAUUUUUUCUCCAUUAGGUACAAAAUCCGACUCCAAAACUAUUUGACCGCAGUGAUGAAGAGUCUGAUGAAGGUAGUACAGAGGAUGAGGAGAGGUUCCAAAUCAAAUCUCAGUAUGAAGGCCGGGCUGGAGCAAAGGUCUGUCUAAGUUGUAGCUUAUUAAAAUCCUACCCCGUCAUAGAAUUGAGUCCCACCUUUUAAUGUAUUCUAUAAUUAGUGCAUUUUUAACAUAUAAAAAAAAUGAAUUUAAAAAGUUUCUAUAGCCACUUCUAAACCACAGGGACCCCUCCCAGCCUUGGUCUAUGUUGGCUGCAGUACAAAUCAUCAGAAUUUUUAUUUUUUAUAUAAUAUACAGAUGUAUACACUCAUAAACAUAUUGUAUUAACAGGAAGCGUCACAGGAAAGGUGUACAUGGGUUGUGCAUUUUAUUUGUUUGUAAAGAAAUAUAUAUCAAACUAGCAUUGUUUACAAGCAUUUUAUGCAUCUUGAAUCUAACUCCAGCUCUGUUAGAUAUCAUCAAAAUGAGCCGAAUCGUUGCCAUUAUCAGCGGUUUUUGCUACAUGUGGUUAUGGAUCGUUCAAAUCAUCAGAUUUAAAGAGAGAAAUGGCUAAAUAAGUUGGUAGGAGCAAUACCACAACAGCUCAGUUUGCUGAAAGCCUCAUUGACCUUUUUGAACAUAGUUUACUCCACAUGCUGACUGUGCAGAUUGACACAGAUGAGCAAUUGUGGACUGCUUUUGCAAUAAGCAUAGGUUGGAGUCUCUCUGUUGGAGUGCCCACACGGGGGAACAUCAGGCUUCGAACAUCAGUUAAUAAGAUGGGAUUGUUCAAAAGCGGUGAAAGUGUAGUUUAAAAUGGCUAAAUGUCACAGUUUGGAAUGGCUGCAAAAAUCAUGGACCGUAGAAGUCCUUUGCCAUUAACCAAAGCUACUGUGCUGUUACCAUGUGGUUUUGAACAUAUUUUGUUAAUUUGCAAAUUAAAAAGCUGUCCAUGACAUGGUAACAUGUUUUUAUGCAGCUCUUGGGUUUACAAUCCCGCUUUGGAACAGAUGAGCGUUUCCGAAUGGACUCCCGCUUCCUGGAUACAAGUAGUGAAGAUGAGCAGAUUGAAGGUAAGGAAUGCUUUACCAGGAAAAUAAAACUUGCUUUAACUUGUUGUAACUGGGAGGAGGGAGGGAGGAGCUUGACCUGCAAACAGAAUGUUAAAGGGGCUCCCACUGUGCCCCUGUUGAAAUAAUGGAGAUACUCACUCGAUGCUUGUACAGAUGCCGGGGUACGCUCCCCACAUCGGGGGCACCCUGAGUAAUUGCCAGACACUAGUGUCUCCUGCAAACGAGAACCCGAUAUGGUAAGCAGUGGCCUAUGGCGGAUGGGACUGUAGAGAGGCUGCCGCUCUCCUCGCCCCUACGCCGGGGGUACAGAGCCACUGACUGCCCGCUUCCCCCUCCUCAGGACUGGUGGGGGUAAUCCCGGUCCAACCCCUCCAAGUAGCCUUGCCACAACGAACACAGACGUGAAACCACACGAGCAGCCUCCAGUAACGACGGCUAGCACAAUGGCGGACGCCACCUGUGACUGCUCCUGCCGCAAAGAACGGCCCGACAUCCUGACCAGGCUUAAUGCCAUAUUCAACGCCUUUUGGGCAAAGCUGGAGAGCAGAGGACAGCAGAAUUUCGCCCGCCCAAUUGUUAUAUAUGUUCUAAUAAUGCAUGAGGAUUGCCGCUGGGGUACCUCGCGCACGUUGUAAUCUAGAUAUGCACUGCAAAAAAAAUAAGAACUUGUAACUGCAUUUACUUCUUUUCAAUUUAACACAAUAAUUAACUAAAGUGUGAAUUGUUUGGUAUUAAAAUUAAUUUUAAAAUGUUGGAUGUGUGUAGGUGAAUUGUAACCAGUUAUUGAUUUAUUUAUGUAUUGGUUUGUUUAAUUGUUUUGGGGUUUUUUUGGGGGGGGGGGGAUUCCUGCUCAGCUACUUUGGCCUAAACUUUAGUGAAUAACCCUACAAUUGUUUCUUGAUAAACUGUGGGACCCAAACAACAUUAAAGGCACAGAUCUGAGAUAGCACUAUACAUGCAUGUUUUCUUGUGUAUUUUGUUUAUCCCCUUUUUGCUUCCAUUUACCUGUGCAAGUGUUUCAGUUAUAUUUGUUGGAUAUUAUUCCUCUUUAGGGAUAUGUAACUAGUUUACUCUCAUGCAUCUAGAAUCCCAACAGAAAGCACAAACAAGUGAAGCUGAAGAUGACCUAUCAGCAGAAAAAAAGAAAAACUUGGACAUCUUAAAUAGUCUUCUAAACAUCAAUACAGAGCCACAAGCACCAAGCAAACAGUCCGCCAAAGCAAAAAAAUUCAAGUAUGACUAGUUUUUGCUAAAUUAAUGUAAACCGUGAUUUAAAGGGAAACUCUGCUGCCCAAAUACAAAAUAAAAAUCACUGUUUAGUAGAUAUACACCAAAUGAAAACUUGCAUGCAUUUAAUAAUUCAUCUUUUUAUUGUGCUUGAAUCUAUAAACCGCUUACAAAACCUGCAGUCCUCUUGUCUGCAGUCUUUGCAAGCUCUCCUCUUCUAACCUCACCCACUCUUUCUGUGGUCUUCCAAUCACAUACUUUCCAAUGCAGCUCAAUAAGAAGUCUUUGUAAGGCAGGUGCUCUGAGCAAUUGCUGCCUCUUGUGUUUAGCUCUAUUGAGCUAAACAACCAGGAAGUAACAGGACAUAUCUGCUUGAAAGCCGGGAGGUAUAGAACAAUGUUAAGUUAUAAAAGUAUACAUUUCUACUGAAAUCUACACUUUUUGCAAAAUGAAAAAAAGAAACAACAUCUUCACACACAAAGCUUUUCAGCAAACUAAAGUGCGUUAGGGACCUGGAGUGUCCCUGUAACGCAGAAUAAUAUGAGUGUUCCUUUCAAUAAAAAGGCCCUAAUACUGUACAGUUAAUAAGUUAAAAUUGUAAUCCUUCUUUAAUUUCCAAGGGCAGAUAAUAAAUGUACUUUUGGCUAUAGGACUCUGUUGUACACUGGCAAUAUUGUAAGAUCCACAGAUUUCAUUGCGUUGAUCAUUUGUUCUUAUUCAACUGGAAUGGCAUAUUGAGACAAGUGAUUAAAACAUUUUGCCUCAGACCAUCAGUUACAGAAUACAUAAUGCAAUACAUUGUUCGAUUCAUGUUUGAGCAGUGAGUCACUCUCAGGAGUUUCUUAAAUUUUGACAUCACACCCAUUCAUCUCUCUCUCAGAGAUCUAAAUGCCCUUCAAUAUGACCCCACGAAUGAGGAUCAUGCAGCAUUUGAAACACAGACCGAAGAGACCAAAAAAAAGAAAGAAAGGUAAUUGUUUUUUAAAUGUGUGUUUUUUACGAUUGUAAACUCUCAACUAUGUAAUCACCUUUACAUUUUAAUGCUUCAUUACCUCUUAGAGGUUUACUACAGUCAUAUGUUAGAUUGUGGCUUCUUCCAUAUUUAAUAUAGGUCUCUGUUCUGGUGUGACAUUGGAGUGUGGUAGACUGAGGAAUAUGAAAAUGAAUACUUCUUUACAGGAAGUGUAGUGGGUAUAGCAAAACCAGACUCUUCUUUCCAGAUGAAAUGGGUCAAUUGGGUCUUAUCCAGCAUCACAGUCGGUAAUUGUUUGUACCGACGAACAAUGUGGGGUUGGUUUAUUUACUAAUGCAUAAUGCUGCUUUCCUUACUGACAGUAAGGGAGUCACAGUACUCUAGUACUGUGAGACAUCAUUUUGUUUGCAAAGAUAAAGUGAAAUUCUCCAGCUCCCUUUUAUUCAUUUUAUUCAUUGUAGAAGGAUGAGUGCACCGUGAUGGGACCUUUUAAUCCUGCACUUGUAACACAUACGUGAAGUACAGCAGAAUAUUGCUGAGCUGUCUCACCAACUAUAUUCUUUACUAUUGGGACAUGAUGAUUUUAAAUGGGAUCCCUACCAAAGAUAGACAGUGCAUGAUAAAAGGGGCCCAACGUGCAUUCCACAAGCAUAUAGAAAUGGAGUGAGACUAUCUUCUAAUUCAUAUCUAACAUUACACUUGGCAAUGAUAUACAGGGAAAGUCAGAAAACAUGUAUUAGAACUUACUGUAUUUGUACAUAAAUAGAUGUAAUCAUAAUCGGCUGUAGUUUGUUUUUUUUCCCCCUCUUUCUCCUGGAUUGGAUUUCUGCGAAAGUAUUAAAUACUGUGACCUAAUGGAAUUAUAUGCUUUCCUGCAGUAAAUCUGAGCGGAAAAAAAGGCGUCUAGAAGCAGAAAAGCUACCAGAAGUGUCUGUAGAAACCUACCAUGAAGUGGCAGUGGACUUAAAAGAAGUAUUUGGAACCUCAAAACCCAAAGAGAGUGAGGAUCCUGUGAUCACAUGGGACCAAGAGGAUGAAACGAAAAAGGUGGGAGUGGAGAACUCUACCAUGCAUGAAUAUUUCAGCUUACAAAAAUCAAAAGAGGAGGAGCCUGCAGGAUUCACUUUCUCUUUCUUUGGGGCUAAUACAGAGGACCAUGAUUCUAAAGAAGGUAAGAAAUCAAAUCAUAUGAUUCUAGCUAGUGACUUCACCAGUUGGAAAAUUAAAGGUUCUUCCUGCAUUUCUAAUGUUAGAAUGUUCUCCUGCCUAGUUAGAAUUCUAUUAUCCGUGAUAUGGAAGUAUUGGGGGAGCACAUGCGCAGCAAUCAUUGUGUAGAGCCAAUCCGCAUCUCCUUAGAGAGAUGCAUUGGCUUACUCCAUUGCGAUGAGAAGCUUUCAAUGUCUUGCUGAGUCCAGCAAAGAAUUCAGGACCUCAAUAGGAAGUACCUCUAAUGACUGCCCUUGGUAACAGUCCUUAUAGUUCAGUGUAGACACUGCCUCUUCUCAGAAAAGCAAUUGAGACACUGCAAGGAUCUCUUUCCAAUAGACCCACAUUAAGCUAUAUUGGUUCCUGUGCUUACAUUGGCCCUUUAAAAGUACUGUUACAAUGUAUAAUUAACUUUACUGAGUCAGAAUGGAUCAUUCCAGUUAUGGUAGGCAUGUAAUGCAUGCCUACCAAGUGUUGUAAUGUAUAUUCAUCUAAUCUACAAUAUACCUUGUGUAUUUGGCAGGCCUAAAAGUUACUUGCCACUGCAAGGGUCCACUGCCAGGCAGCAUUUUCUCUUGCCAAUGGCUAGUAAAUGAGAAAUUUUGAUUCUUGCUGCAUAAUGGUCACUGAGAAAUUGUUCAUCUGAACAUAAUACAAAAAAAAAAAACAUAACUUAUUGAGCCGCAUUAGUUGCAAAACGUUUGGUUUUUGUCUUUUGGGGGCUUUUUUUUCUCUCUCUUCAUCAUGUUUGGCAUUAGAGCAGAAACAAAAAAGUAAUGGGGUAGAGGUAUAGAUUAUCAUUUUUUGUUCUAUAAAUUGAUAUAUUUUGUUCAUUUCUUACUUUACAUUUGUCCUGUCUGUAUUUACCAUUUUCAUUCUUAUUUUUGUUUCAUUUAUCUGUUACCUCUCAUUUCAUUAUGCUUGGAUCCACUGGCAUUGCCUUCGUGUUAUGUGAGAAACACAUCAUUAGUUCUCACCACACCAAUAUGUACUUGUUUGGUUUUGUUUAGUUUUUUUGCUGUGUGUGUUUUUUUUUGUAUUUUAUUUAUUUUUUUGGUCGUUAAAAACCUGGGUUGUCUAUAUGGUACAUCUGACACUGCUUAGAAAUGAAAACCGUUAAUAAGCAAUUAAAAAGAAAUACGUUUCUGUCUACAGUGCCCUAUUCAUUUGAGACUAUUAACCCUGCCAAGGUGGCAUGGCAAGAAGACCCCCGAUUCCAAGACAGUAGUUCAGAGGGAGAAGAUGAAGAUGACGACAAUGCUGCAAUCCUUACUAAAGAACAAACACCAAGGUACAUACUGUACUUAUUGCCUGUAAUACAUGACAUUCCCUUUAUGGCAACAGUUAUCCUUAAAACCAAGGAUACUUAUUUAAUGGACAAAUUAACCCAUUUCCCAAACUGUUAGGCUGCCAUGGGAGUCUUAUAAGGAUCAUUAGGGCCAUUUGUUAGUGGAGGGAUGCUUUUUACUUACCCACUUCCCUGCGACAAUUCUCCAUUUCCUUUUCUCUUCUUUCUUUCUGGUUCUAUCCUAUCUCUAUUAUGGAAGGUUAUUUACCUGGCCUCAUUAUAUUGAAAAGCAGACGUGGGAUGCAAUGUGUUGUGUUGUGUACUCUACUUUUGGGCCAAUGGCAUUUUGAUGCUGUAUUGUACUACUAUCUGUAUUUAAAUAAAGAUAUAAAGUUAGUUAUUUUAUUUCUCUUCUCUCACAAAAUGUCAUAUAUUUCUUAUUAAAAGCCCUAUAAUUGCUAAAAUUAUCUCAUUAUUUGUUUUACCCUUUCAGUAUACUAUCAGAAGCCUCUAAAAGCAACAUCCGUUUCUUUUUCUUUGUGAAAGAUGAUGAGAGACUGAAAGGUAAGCUGAUAGUUGUCGUUGCCUUUUGUCACCUUGCCAUUUAUACAUAAGAGGAAUUAGUUCCUACUUUUCAUAAUCUAUAACUUGCAAAUAAACUUUAAAUAAAAUAAAAACCGGACAGUCAAGGGGGAUUUUAGACAUACCAAUAGCGGUGGGGGAGUGACAGAGCCACUUUAAGAUGUCGUCCUCUCUAGAGUAACAUUCAUUUUGGGAAUGAUUUUUCUUUAGUAGGUAAUUACAUUGCUUUCAUACUUGUGUUUUGUUUUGUACACUUGUUUUCUAUCGUCAUGUAUUUAAAAAAACUAAAAUAAAAAUUAUGAAUGCAAAACAAAAUCUCUUAAGAAAUUAACCUAGUUUCCAGCAAGAAUGUUUGGUUAUUUAUCUCAUGGUGUAAGGAUGUUUCAGUGUAGUAGUAAAAUAUUUCUUUGCCUAAAAAUAUAGUGUAGUGUAGAAACAAUCCCACCCACAAGCGUGGUUACAUCAACCUCCUAACUGUGUAUGCCCUCCUAUGCCUUGGACACAUUGUGGUAUAUAUUGUUCUUUGUCUAGUCCGUUGUUGGAUAUGUCCUGCAUCCGAGGUGCGGUUUAUCUGGUUUUCAGAGUCAUAGUAAUUCAUUACAGACUAAAAUGAAUUUCAAAUUUAAAGCCAAAGUAGCCAAACUGGACACAUUCCUGAUGUAGAUAAUUUUUCUGGUUCACUUAUUUUGACUUUAAAUUAGCAAAUCUUUUGAAUUCUCAUUUUAGUAAAUAGUCCUGAAUGUUUUGGCAGUGUUCAGUCAGUGUUACUGGUGAAGAAUAUAGCCAAUCACCACACAGUUCUCCCAUUGCAGUAGCCUGACUGUAUCCCAUUUGUUAUAAUACUUCUGUAGAAACUGUGUGCUUGAGUUGUGUCUUUUUAAACACACCAAGAAAGUAAUUAAAGUUGCAGGGUUAUUGGUGCUAUUAAUUAUAUCUAAAAAUUUUUUUGUAAAUUUAGAUAUGCUCUUUCUUGUGUUAAUGAUAUCAGAAAGCAAAUCACUAAGCACACCUUUUUGUGUUUUUUUUUGUUUGUUUUUGGGGGGGAGGGGGGGGUUGUAGAGGAGUAAAUGCACCAAGAAAUUCUUUCUUUAUGAUCUAUAAUUUUUUACUUCCUGCUUAUAUGCAUUCUUCAGAUCAAAGAAAAUGUAUUUCCUUGUUUUCUUUAACUGAGAGAUCUAAAACAAUCAUUUUUCCCCAAGGAUUGAUCAGAAUAGUGUUCAUAUUGCACUAAGCAGCUUGAAUGUGUAAAUGCAUGAUUUCAUGCCUAGCACUAAGAUUGAUAUAGAUAUAUAUAUAUAUAUAUAUAUACAUACACACACAAACUAUUGAUGUAGCAAGUAUUUAGAAAUGUUUUUGGAGGAUUAAAAAAAAAAAAAAUUGUUUUGUAUUAGCUAAUGCACCACAUUACCAUUUUAUUUAGCGGGGCCAAAAAUGUUUUUCCCAUCCUCAAACUUGGAGGAGGAAGAAGAAGUCUGGGAACAGAGGAAAGAAUCAAUCAUGGAGGUAAGAUUCUAUUAUGACAGAGUACUACACACUGUUGCACCCACUGUUAUGUGUCAUAACUUGGGUUUUAGCAUUAAAGGGAUCCUAUAAUGCCAGGAAAACAAACCCUGGCACUAUAGGCUCUUGGAGUGCCCCCUCCCCCAGCGCUGAAGGGGUUAAAAUCCCUUCAGCCACUUACCUUAAUCCAGUGCCGGGCUUCAUUGAGCUGAAGUGGUCUGGGUGCCUAAAGUGGCCCUUUAAUGGGACAUUCCAUGCUGGAAUCUACCCCUCCCUCUCCUAAUCCUUUUGAGGAUAUGUGAUAUACUAUAUAUCCUUUAUUUGCUGCAAAUUCCCAGACCUGUUGGCUAUUCUGGGAUGUAGCACAUGACUAGUACAUAGGCAGCACACCCUUGUGGAUGUUUGUUUUGCAGCAUUGCCAUUAUCUGUCAGUGAUGCAAGUAGUUUAAGACACAAGUAUUUGUUUAGAGUGUAAUUUCUGUGACUAAAGCACUUCACCCCGGUCAUUGAUAAUGCAAAUCUGUCAUUGCAGACUUCUUGUUUCCUAUUCCUGAUGUCUGUCUGUCUGUUUUGUAGGAGUGCAGGAAAAGGCACAAGGAUGCAAAACGGAAAAUAAGAGCCAACCACUGAUAUCUGAUCAUUCUGCUUCCAAAAUAAAUGUAUAUUAUUCUCUGAUUAUUUCUCCUCCGGACUACAUCCCUCAUUGAGGAUUACUCCUAAUCUCUCACGUGAACGUUUGCAGAUCUCUGCCAUACUGAGGAGAGAAGGCCUGGAGGCCAAAAAAACUACUUGAUAUGGAAGUAAUGUUUUUCUAUCCCAGGCAUUUGUAGCUAUGACCAAACAUGUAUUAUAUGGAUAACUACUCAGGACAUCAGUUAAUUGGCUUCAAAGGCGUAUAUUUUUCCAAAAAUGAAUUUUGACCCAUCUUAUAUUUAAAAAAAUAUCGUUUUAUUUUGCUUUAAAGAAAUUGAGAGCAUAAUAUAUGGAGUCCUUCACUCAGAACAUCCUUUAACACAACCUUUUUAAAAGGAAAUUUAAGCAAAAGCACACAGGUCUGAAGUCUGCCAUGAAGCCUUUUCUUCAUACUGUGCAAGCAUCUUUUUGUGAAAUGUUGCAUUUUGCUUUGUGUUCAUGAUCACUGAAGAUUUAACCUAGUGCUGUUUUCAUAUGCCUAAUGAUCCUUGUGCACUGCAAUAGAACAGUAAAAUAAGUUUUAUUUAUUAUCAUGUUUCUCAAUAUAAUAAACCUAGUAUAUCUUUACUAAAAAAGAUGUUUCUGUGUGUCAGAACUUUUUUCCUUAUUCCUGAUAAAGUAUCACGGAUACUAAAACUACUGGGAGGCUUUCACUUGGCUGACGGUGUAUAGAUGCAGUUUCAUUUUUUUUCUGUAGGCUGAUGGGACUUAGAGUGGCAGGAGACAUUGUAAGCUUCUUUUUCAAUACUGAUUUUGUUUGUAUAUGUUCUUUGUAGCAUUAGGGAGCAUCUUCUCCAGGCAGCCAUCUCAUAAAAAAACCUCAGUCAUAAAGCGUAAAUAUAUGCUAGACUGCCAUCAGUUAGAGAAAAACUGUUGUCAUAAAAUAAUGUUAAUAUAAUGUUUGUGAUGCCAUGUCUCUUUAUAUAGUUUGGGUCAUAUUAUGUGUUAUCAAUUGCUUUUUUUCAUGCUUUAGUAUUUUCUGUGCAAGCUUUGCUCAAUGGUGUCACCGGAACAAACCGAAUACGGCUCUGCCAGAGCCUGAAAUUGAAAUUCUGUUGGUACAUUUUAGAGCAGGGAAGCCGCUUCCAUGAUGCUUUUGUCAUUCUAAAGACAUUCUUAUCGCAUGCAAAGUAUCUUGUGAGUUGUAGUUCUAAAACAUCUGGGAAUCUACUUUUUGGACACCCCUGGUUUAGAGCAUCAUUAAAGGAUACGUGGCUGCCUUUUGUCUUCCUUUGAACGAUCAGGUACAGUGUUGUUAAUGCUAAGAAAAGUUAUACACUUCUAUUUUUGAAUGAAUAAUAUAUUUUAAAAGUGAGAGCAGGAGUGCAGAAGAUGCAAGUCUAGCCCUGAACAGCUUGCUUUGUGGACAUAGCUUCCAGUAUCCCAGAGUUAUGCUUCAAGAAAUUUGACACUUCUUGUUUAACCAUUUAUUUUAAGAUCAGCAAUUUGAUAUCUCCGCUCCCUGCAGUAGUGCCACGUGCUUCUUGCUCACCAUUCCCUGUCUAAUUCUGUGUGUGGGUGAUGGAAUUUUUCAAGAAUACUGACUGACAUCACACAUGUAUUCGUGGAAUGCAGCUUCUGGAGCAAUAUGCUAACCCAUAACAUGUGCUGGCAUGUCUGCCUUAAGUGUUUUUCACUGUAAAUUUAAUCCAUCUUUCAGUGGGUGUGCCUUCUAUGACCCUAACCCUCCCUAUAUAUUUUGUUAAUUAUAACUAAAAUUUUGCUGAAGACUUUCAGAUUCCUUUGAAUUUACUUUUUUUAAUCUAUGUGUACAUACAUAUAAUUAAGUGUGUAUAUACACUAUUAACUGCAUGAGUGUAGGUAUUGUGUUCAGUGUCUGGAAGGGAUGCAAAUAUAAUCUAAGAUACAUAAAUAGACAUAAGGUAAAUAUCUGUUCUCACAUCAAGCACAUACUGGCAGCUAGGCUUUCUUAAAACGCUUGGUAAUUAAACAUUAUUAAUCAUAAUUUCUUACAAACUGAAGAUUGGUAUGUUACUGUUCCCAAUCCUUUUGCAAGUGAGGUUAUGCCAAAUCUGUUAUCUAUGUCGGAUUUAUUUGUUAGACACUGCAUUAUAGUGAAUUGAAAACCAAAUUGCAAAAUUUUAGGCUAAAAUAGUCAUACCGUUCGUGUGAGAAUUUGUCCAAAUCAGCUAUUUUGUCCCAUGUUUUGCAAAUCCGUUUUCAAAUCACUGAAGCUUAAUUUUCAGUGAAUGAAGGUCUCUUAGAGAAUUGUCACUUUCUGGGAUUUUUACUCUUUACUUAUCCUCCAUAUUAAACAAAUGUAUGUUUGUGAGUCAUAAAAGAAAUAAAAUUAAAGUGCUGCUCAAAUGUUUUUUUUGUUUUUUUUUGUUU